AUGAGUACGUGUCAGACAGCAUCAUCCCAUGACUUUGUUCCUCCCAACAUCUCCACAAGUGAGCCAUUCUCACAGAUGGAGUCUCAUCCUCCCAUCUUAACACUCAUUCUCCCGCAGAGGAAGCAACUGUUCAUCAACUCAGCCAUGGAAAAGAAAGAGUUAAGACAAUGGGAAGUUUUCUGCCACAGCCUUCCCAAUGUCUCUCCUCGGGAGCUCAGCCCACAUCCAUACAGCCCAGAGAUCACAUCUCAUUCUCCAAACAUACCGGGCUCUCUGUUCUCUCUACCACUCUCCAUUAUGCCACCUUCUCAAGCAAACCAUGCCCUGCCUUCAGGAGUUCUUCCCCUUGUAAAAGAGAGAGGCACUUUCAAAAGCUCUUUGGGUUCCUUUGUCCCUCAACACUAUUACCAUAGACAAAGAAUGGAAACAACCUACGUGCCUAAGACAGAUGAGUGGAUUGCGGAGAUAUGCCCUCAGUAUGAUCGUAGCCAUCCAAAAUCAUAUGAUUUACAAGGCGAAUAUAAUGCUCUUUGCCCCCAGGCUGCAUUCAAGAUAUUUCACCAAAGCAGUAGCGAUGGACCUGAUUCUCAUAGCCAGAGAACAUUCAACAGAGGAAUUGAGAAGAAUAGGGGUUUGACCACUUUAUUUUCUACUAUGAAAGAAGGUAAGAUUAUCACUUUAUGUAGGAAAAUAAAAUCCCUGGGCAAGUCAACCCUGGAUUCCUUUACUCUUGUAAUGCAGACUAGAAUAGAUCUCUUAUUGAGACUUUUAAUCUUUAGAAGGCAGUACCACAAUGUGAUUGUAGUGUAAAACAAUACUGAGGAGAAGGGACCAGAGGUGUGGAAUUCUCUAAGACCUCACCCUGUCUCUGUAAUCGUCGAUGUACAGACAACAAACAGGAUGAGCAAUCAACUCCAGGUCUGUCCUGAACUGGAAACCAAUGCAGUGUUCAUGGAAAAUGAUGACACACUAAAGAGUGCGGAGGAUCUUGACUUUGCUUUCUCAGUUUGGCAGCAAUUUCCUGAUCAAAUUGUAGGAUUUGCUCCUAGAAAGCACGUCUCCACUUCAUCCAGUAUAUAUGAUUAUGGAGCUUUGCAAACACCAGAGUUUGGAAAUGGUGACCGUUAUUCUGUGGUGUUGAUCACAGCCUCAUUUUUCAACAGCAAAUAUCUUGAACUCUCUCAGCAGCAACCAGCAGUUGUUCAGGCUUUGAUAGAUGAAACACAAAGCUGUGAUGACAUUGCCAUGAAUUUUAUCAUUGCCAAACACAUUGGAAAGACUUCUGGGAUAUUUGUGAAACCUGUAAACAUGGGCAAUUUAGAGAAAGAAACCAAUGAUGGCUAUUCUGGGAUGUGGCACCGAGCGGAGCACUUUCUGCAAAGGUCUUAUUGUAUAAACAAGCUUGUUAAUAUUUAUGAUAGCAUGCCCUUAAAAUACUCCAACAUCAUGAUUUCCCAGUUUGGUUUUCCAUAUGCCUACCACAAAAGCAAAAUGUGA